GAACAACUCGCGUUCAACGUUGCGCGACAAGCACGAAGAGUUUGAGAGGCAGGCUAAUCCAUAUUUCAGCGGUUGAUAGACCUUGCCAGUGGCUUCAUAGCUCAUAUAGGUAUCAAUCAUGUCAGCUGCACAGCUACUUAAUCCCAAGGCGGAAUCUCGAAGACGAGGCGAAGCUCUAAAGGUCAACAUAUCUGCAGGAGAAGGCCUCGAAAAUGUGCUCGCGUCUAAUUUGGGACCAACUGGCACCCUAAAAAUGCUGGUAGACGGCGCAGGAGGCAUAAAACUCACGAAGGAUGGUUCGGUGUUAUUGCGAGAGAUGCAAAUCCAGAAUCCGACGGCGGUUAUGAUUGCAAGAGCCGCGACUGCACAAGACGAAAUCACAGGUGAUGGCACGACCAGUGUAGUUCUCAUGGUGGGUGAGCUGUUAAAACAAGCAGAUCGGUAUAUUUCAGAAGGCCUACAUCCUCGAGUGAUCACAGACGGAUACGACAUUGCAAAGACAGAGUCGCUGAAAUUCUUAGACUCGUUCAAGUUGGAAAGGAACAUUGACCGAGAACUGCUUCUAUCUGUUGCUCGUACAUCCUUGUCCACAAAACUCAACUCAACACUUGCGGAGCAAUUGACACCUGAUAUUGUGGACGCAGUCUUAGCAAUAUACCAGCCUCCAGCGAAACCUGACCUGCACAUGGUUGAGAUCAUGACAAUGCAGCACCGCACAGCAGCAGACACGCAACUUAUCCGUGGCCUUGCGCUUGACCAUGGGGCACGGCAUCCAGACAUGCCUCGCAGACUUGAGAAUGCGUACGUACUCAUUCUUAACGUAUCUCUCGAGUAUGAGAAAUCGGAAAUCAACUCUGGCUUUUACUACUCAUCUGCGGAACAACGAGAAAAGCUUGUGGAGAGUGAGCGACGCUUUGUGGAUGAGAAGCUCAGAAAGAUCGUUGAUUUGAAGAAAGAGGUCUGCGGCAGUGAUUCAAAAAAGAGCUUUGUCGUCAUAAAUCAGAAGGGAAUUGAUCCAUUGAGCUUAGACGUAUUAGCAAAGAAUGGCAUCCUAGCACUACGACGAGCAAAGAGAAGAAACAUGGAGAGGUUACAACUGGCAGUUGGCGGCACAGCUAUGAAUUCUGUCGAAGACUUGACGCCAGAUGUUCUUGGCUGGGCAGGUCUAGUCUACGAGCACACAUUGGGUGAGGAGAAGUAUACCUUCAUUGAAAAUGUCAAAGAUCCUAAAUCAGUCACGCUGCUCAUCAAAGGUCCAAAUGGACACACAAUCACGCAGAUCAAAGAUGCGGUUAGGGACGGGCUAAGAAGUGUUUAUAACAUGAUUGUAGAUAAAUGCGUGGUACCUGGAGGGGGGGCUUUCCAGGUCGCCUGUGCUGCCCAUCUCAAAAGCACAGAAUUCAGGAAACAAGUCAAGGGCAAGGCAAAAUAUGGAGUAGACGCGUUUGCGGAUGCGCUGCUAAUCAUUCCGAAGACCUUAGCAGCGAAUUCCGGCCAUGACAUCCAAGAUGCAUUGUCAAGUCUUCAGGACGAGCAAUCCGACGGUAAUAUCGUGGGAUUAAAUCUUGUCACAGGAGAGCCAAUGGAUCCCAUUCAAGAAGGUGUCUAUGAUUCGUUCAGGGUUUUGCGCAAUGCCAUAGCGUCGAGUUCAGGUAUCGCCUCGAAUCUAUUACUUUGUGACGAGAUGUUGAAGGCGAGGCAGAUGGGCCGAUCAGGACCGCCUGGGGGUGGCGAUGGAGAGUGAUAGAAGGCAUUCGUAAGACAAUGGCUUUUCAUAAGUUGACUUCACGUGCGAGACAAUGUAGACAACACAUCUACGGUCUUUAAGAGCGUAAAAAGCAUUGAUAUAUUCUCUGAAGGGAAACAUCUCGAUUCAAGUAUCGACUCUUCCAACAUUCUUCAUAAUGACGCUAUGAAUCAAGUUUUCGCCUCGUGAA